AAAGAGACCGCGCGCGUCUGUCACACCACGACCGAUUUUCAAGUUUUGUUACUAUUGAAAUAAAUUUCGGUGACGGAACUGUAACGUGUUUCGGCUGAAAGUUUUUAAUAUUUGAAGACCACAGGAACGUCGAAGGAGAACGCCCGACGAGCAGGCAGCCGGCACAAUUUCGAAAAGUAUUAUAUCAAGUGGAAGAAAAUAAUCUAUAGAUCGGGAGAAAAAAACAAUCUAGAGUUAUAAUAAUUGACUUGGUGAUCAGUGUAAACCUGUAGUGUUAAACACACAAGUUUAAAUGUGAAAGACUUAGUGAGUGAAAUAUUUGAGUGCGGGCGGACAAGAUGCGCGUGCGUUGGUGGCGUGUGGUGUUGGUGUGCACAUGCGCGCUAAUUUUGCGCAGUGACGCACUGCCACCAGCCACUCUGGGGGAUGUCGUUGCUAAUGCUGCUACGAGCCUCAACUCCAUGAAGAUCACGGGAGCAUGGCGUCGACUAUCGAGUACAGUGAGCGAGAGUGUGGGCCUGAAGGCGGCACUAAGGCGGCUGCAGGCGGUGCCGGCGCGCGCCGCGCGGCUGGUGCACGCGCUGGUAGACCGUAUGCGGGUCGGCGGCGGGCCCAUUGUGUUCACGCAACUAGGCGCGCUACGAGGCAGGAAACUGGCCACCAGGACAGUGGAACAGUCCUCAUACUACAGCUUCAAGGGCAUCAGAUAUGCGCAGCCACCACGCGGCGCACUCCGGUUCCGUCCACCAGUCCCGCUGGAGGCGUGGUCUGGAGUACGGGACGCUCUAGAAGAAGGCGCCGUCUGCCCGCACCGGUUCAUGCUCUUCGACACCUACAAGGGAGACGAGGACUGCCUAUACCUGAACGUGUACUCGCCGGCGCUGCCUGACAAACUAACUGGGUACAACCCCAAGUUAGCUGUCAUGGUGUGGAUCCACGGGGGAGCUUUCGCCGUGGGCUCUGGGAAUGCAUUCCUGUACGGCCCAGACCAUCUGGUCGGUGCUGGUGUGGUGCUGGUGACGCUCAACUACAGGCUCGGUGCGCUGGGCUUCCUCAGCCUUGAAAACGAUGAGGUACCUGGGAACAUGGGACUUAAGGACCAAGUGAUGGCGCUGAAGUGGGUGCGGGACAACAUUGAGGCGUUCGGCGGCGACCCGGCCAGGGUCACAAUAUUCGGGGAGUCGGCGGGCGCAGCCUCCGUCCAUCUACACAUGCUGUCCAAAGCCUCAGAGGGUUUGUUCCACAACGCUAUAGCAGAGAGCGGCCUCGCGCUGUCACCUUGGGCACUCGCUACUAACCCACUAGAGCGAGCGUUUGAGCUGGGUAGAGAGCUCGGCAUCGAUACAAACAACACUGCUGAGUUACUAGGUUAUCUGCGCGCUACGCCAAGUGAGCUGAUCGUGAAGGCAGGCGCGCGUAUAACUGGCGCGCCGGGUAAAAGCGCGGAUUUACGCAGCACCGUUGCACUGCCGUUCCUGCCAGCUGUGGAACCGAAUCAUCCGGAGGCCUUCCUCACCGCGCUACCGAGGGACAGCUUGCCAGGGGCCGAUGUACCCCUGCUAACAGGCUACAAUGCGCAGGAAGGCAUCAUACUCUUUCGACGUUUACAACGGGACCCGAAGCUGCUCAGUGAGCUGGAACGCGAGUUCAGACGCGUAGUGCCUCCAGAACUGCUGACAGAUAACGAAGAGCAGAACAGGAAUAUAACGGAAGCCAUCAGGACAUUCUACUUCCAGCACCGACCCGUCGACGUUCGUAACAUCAACAGUCUCAUUGAUUUAUUCACGGACGUGAUGUUUCUUCGGCCAAUCUUGGAGACGCUGCGUCUCCAAGCGAUGACCAAUAGGACUAGUCCCACGUAUUUAUACCGGUUCGCCUUCGACGGAGCCCUAGGACUCUUCAAGCGGAUGCUGGGCAUCACCCACCCGGGAGCAUGCCACGGGGACGAGAUGGGAUACCUGUUCUACUUCUCUAGACUCAACUACAGAUUAGACGAUGACUCCACAGAACUCGCCGUGUCAAGACGCAUGGUACAAAUGUGGACUAACUUCGCCAAGACUGGGAACCCUACUCCACCGGUGGACUACGAGUCGGUGGUAAACUUCAAAUGGGGUCCUGUGAACGACACUCGACACGUCGACUACCUCAACAUCGACGGCAACUUCACGCAGCUCACGGGACCGGAGGCGAAACGGGUCCGAUUCUGGGACUGGCUCUACGAGAACUACGCUCAAGAACCGUGAAAUCUAUAAACACAACGCUAACAGCAAAAGCGGUUUUUACUGUAUACCUAAACAGGACUGUGUACUUCAAUUAUUAACACGCCUAGAUAGAGCAAUCCAAUUAAACCACGCAAAUAAAAUGUCUCAUGUUACGCGCAAUGCUAAUAUCAAAUUGUUUGAAAGCAGUCAAUGUAUGUGUGUGUAGCGACGAGAUAUCUACCAUACGCAGUAGAUAUUUUUAAAGCGCUUCCGUGCAGUUAAUACAGUAUCUAGGCGUGUUUAAAGGUAAUCAAAUGCUGCGUAUUUCAAACACUACCUUGUGGAAACGAGUGUGAAGUGCGAAGCGGUUGAAAUUGUUAUAAAGUGAUGACUAUUUUAGUAAAUCGAUUUGGACGGUACCUAUUUAAGUGUUAUUUUAUGCGCGUAAACAUUUAGUCUAAAUGAGGUGACCAUCGGUGCCAAUCGAGCUUUGUUAUUUCAAAAAUUCGUAACCCGUCUUGGUUUUAAUGACCGAUACUGAAACAACUUUUAAAAUUAAAUCUUUUUCAUUUAAUUCAAUUAAUAUUUUUUCUGAUGUCAUUGAAAUCGACUCAGAUAUUUUAUUGUUCCAAUUUCAUUAUGUUAAAAAAUGUUAUGAUAAUGAAAUCGGCCAUUAUAUUAUCGUUUGUACAAGUUUCAUUUUCUCUAACUUGGUUUUCAAAACAACAUCUUGAUCUCAAUGACUAAAAACGUUUGGUCAGCAUUGUUUCAAGAAGUACCCAACAGUGAUAAAAGUGACUUAUUCUAUUUCUUUUCAUAGAAGUGGAAACUCGAGUUACUACGAGAGAGUAGGAGAGAAAUUAAAUCCUUUUGUAAAUAUUUGUUAAUUAUUUUGAAACAACUUACUUAUUAUAGUGUAUUUUUUACGAAAGUAAAAUAGUUGUUUGUUAGAUUUAAUAUGAUAUUGUAAAAAUACAAAUUAUUUACAGUUUAAUUGUACUUAGUUAGUAACACAAUAUUAUUAUGAAAA